UCCUCUCACUGGCUUAGUGCUUCAUUAAAUUCCUCUGGAUCUGAACACUCCUCAUACGUUCCUUUUACUUUCCCUUCACAACUCUCUCCCUCUCUCUAAAAUAAUGCCUAAAAUCUUCCCAAUUCUUCUCCUUCUCUUCAUCAUUUUUGGAUUUGGCGUGGGAGCGAUGGAAGCAGCGGCACAUGCAGGCUGUGAUAUCAGUUCAUCCCAAAAGAGUGGGGGCAAGCCCAGGAAAGUGAUGAUGGAAGUGAUGGACUAUGCAGAUCCAGGCCCAAAUACCAAUACAAGAAGUGGCUAUCUCACCCCACCUUCUUCUCCCCCUCCGCCGCCCUCUUCAUGAAUCUCACAUAAUAAUUUCUUCUCUGUUCUUCGUUUCUUAUAUCAUAUUCUAACUUCCAAGUGUAAUUCAUGCAUGGAAUUGCACCUUUUAGUGUCAAAUUUCCAGUAAUUUGCUUCUAAUAUUCGAUCAAAUAAUUACAUUAUUUUAUGAUUAGUUAUAA